AAAGCUUUCCAAAUUUAUUCUUAUUCUAUGAAAACAAUGCAAUCCCGUCCCGUUUGAUCCACCAGCCGAUGCUCUUAACCGCAUAAAGACCUACGUCACUCGGGUGUGUCAAAACAUGGUUAGAAGAACCAGUAAGAAGCCUGUUUUAUCAUUUUUAUUGAUUACCAGUUGUUUGCUGAUUUUCUCACACGUUGCUUUAGUAUUCGGAUAUGAGACUACAUAUGAAUUUGGAGAUGACUGCUCAUAUUUCACGAAAGAUAUAGGUGAGAAUGAUAAAGUAUUCCUUGAGUACAAUGGACAAACGGUUGAUUCUUAUUGUGAUUACUUCAAAUUCAGAGGAAGCGGAUAUAUCUUAGACGAGUAUUCAGUCUGUGUGACUCCUCUUUUUUUCAAUGACUAUGACUGUGCAAUCGAAAUAAACAUCAAAACCUCCAUAAUUGGUGUCACAAAACACAAAAUAAGAUGCAGUGAAAACACAAUCGCUCAGUAUUGUGGGCCGCAAGAUGAAACUCUCUAUAUAGAGUUCAAGAACCGAAAUGACGGUGACACAUAUGGAGCGAAGUUUAAGCUGAAGAUCACAGCGAAAAAGGAAUAUGAUUACAACGAGUCUCAUGAAUAUGUUGUUGGUGCCAUAGUUGGAGGUGUCAUUGGCGGCUUCGUUCUUAUCGUUGUGUGCAUUGCUAUAGUUUGCUGGUGUGUGUGUAGACGGAAAUCAUCUCAAGGGAGAGUACUCAAUCCAACACAAGGAUUUUCGGCUACGGCAAACCCGUAUGUGGUCUAUGGUACCCAGACACAACAGAAUAUGAUGGCGACGCCCUCUAGUAUUUCCUCUCCAGGUGUUUAUCCAAUGACAUCAUACCCACCACCACAAGGAGCAGCAUAUCCACAGACAAAUGAUAACAAUCUGUCACAUCCACCUCCAAGCUAUGACGCUUUGAUGGCAUCGUCAACCUCACACGUUUAUGACACAGUCUAAGACUCGUCCAAAAAAAUCUAACAAAUGAAGACUCUAUAUGCAAAAAACGUUCGAAUAUGUUUAUUGACAUCUUUUAUCGUGGUUGAUGAGACAGGGGUGCUUUUUAAAUAUUUAAACAAGAUUUUUCCCCUUUUUUAUUCCAGACUUGCAUUCAGUCUUGAUCUUCCUUAAAACCUUAUUUAAAUUUAACCUUAAUUUAGCUUUAAUUUUCUUUUAAAAUAUCAUGAAAAGAGAUGAACGAUCUUAAGUGACCUUUAAAGGUUAUAUUCCAGCAAAGAUGAUCUUUGUUUUACCACCUUCCAGUUGAAACUAUUUCAUUGUAAAAUUCAAAAUUUUGAUUUUGGGCAUUCAUUUAAAACUCUCUUUCUUAUUAAUAUGUAACUAUUAAACCUUCAGAUAGGAGAACGAAAUUGAAAAUACAUUGUCCUUACACUCUAUAUAUUCAUUUAGAAAAGUUUCUAGUGACAUUUUACGCCUAGAGUUUUUAGAAUUUAAACCAGAGUUAAGGUAAAAAUUGACAUGUUUCUAAUUUAAAAAUGACAUCAUGAUGCUUAUUGUGACGUCAUAUCUAUAAGAGGAAUUUUUACUAUUCAAUGAUUAAAUUUGAUCAUCGCUCCUAGUAAGACUAAUAAAGUCUUAAUGGUUUUAUAAACUUAUUGUUAGAUACGAUGACACUCCAGAAAAAUCGCAGGUUUAAUAAGGCAAGUCUUAGCAAUCGAUAGAGCAAAAAAGUAUGUCCGCCUAAGUGAUAAAAAGAAGAGCUUUUAGUAAUAAUAUCUAUUUAUGUUCCUUUUUUUAAUAUAUGUCAAUGUAUCAUAUUUAGAGUGCAUGUUUUUUCUUCUUGUCUGCAUUUAAAAUCUGCAGCGUUCAAUUUCCUAAGAAUUAACUUACCUAUUCAUGCGCCAUGAGUACAAAUAUAAACCUGAAGAAUAAACCAUAAAGAUGAAACUCAACAUAAUGUACAGAUAAAUACAAAUGUAUGCAAACAUUAUUUGUAAUCUUUACUGGGUUUCCAGAUUUUUUUUUAUAAAAUCUAAACCAACAUUUUGUUAUUUAAACCUUACUGUGGGGAAAACUAGAAUAAAGUGGCUAUUUUCCACGGUGGGAAAGAUUACUUUAAUAAACAGCAGGUUUUAGGGGAAAAAGCAACGAUUGGGGGAAAAACUGCUCUACAACACCGGUCAAUGAUUUUUUACAAAAUGGUGACCAGUUUCUUGCGAGCUAACAUAACAAUCAAUGACUGUUCGUCUAUAUAGGGUUACAUGUAUGUAGUGAACGUUUACCAGAUAAUAUUCAUGUAUAAAUAAAUUAAAAACUGUAUUCUCUACUCUCUCGUUUGUAGUUUGUCUUCUUUGGGUCAAGUUUAAUGUUGUAUUGUUUCUUACAAUAAAAAAUAUGGAGGUACCUUUUGAUAAAACUGUGUAUCCCAAAAAUAUAGACAUUAUAACUUUUAUGUUGUUAGAAUAUAAUUUAUUCAAUCAUUAACCAAUUUAAGAAAACUUAUUGAAAAGACAGAUGACAAUUUGCUUUGUGUAUUUAAUACUUGAAUUCGAUAUUUUUGUUAUUCUCAUUAAAGCAAUGACUUUUUUUAUAUAAGCGGCACUAUUGUCUAAACAAU